UAAAUAAUAUCACUGCACUCUUCACUCGCGCUCACACUUCAUCUGCUGCGCUCGUUCUCGUGCGUUACAUGCGCAAAGUACAACUUUAAAGGAAAUUCAACUCCAAAAGAGGACCAUUCUUUCCGCGCAAGUCGGCAGACACGCAGUUCUGUGGAUUUUUUGGUGGUUUCCCAUUUGAAGAUAACGUUGGUAGAACUUUAAAGAACAUACAAGAACAAAAUAACAAUACAGUUGGACACUUCUGUAUCAUCUGUUGUCUUAGAUAUCCGGGUUUCGAUCGUCGGUUUUAAGAAAGAGAGCUGCUGACUUUACGCAAAGGACAUUGGUGACUGCGGACUGCGGUGCAAACCCGAAGAGACGCGCAUCGACUUAUUCCGUGGACUUGAUGAACUAGUAGACUAUCAGCACGCAAGCAAGCCAGUCACCUGGAUAGCGAUUUUUAACAACAGUAGCCAACUGGGACUUGCAGCACUGGCAACAACUAGCCAGUUAUUUUCUUCCGGAUAUUAAUCAUUUGUAUAACUCGCUCAUUCGAAAUCAGGGAUCGAGUUAUUGGGUUAAUAUACAUCCUAGGGUGCUCUUACAGUCACAUCGUUUUUUGAAGUCAAGAAAAACGGCACAUUAAUGUGUCGAUAGGUCAAUUCACCGCACCACCUCUUGAGAGACUUUGGAGUGCGCCUGGGUUCCAGGUCUGUUGAGUGAAACUGAAAACAACCCAUGUUUUCGGGGUGAUACGUUUCACAUGGUCGACCAAUGUAACCGGGCUUUCUUUUUACUUUAGAAAAAAAUCUUUUACUUUGGUGUGUGGUCUCAUCCAGCGAAGGCUGUGCGCCUCCCGCGUCUCCCGUCCACCCUGCGCUCCACCACUGGACUCGGCUGAGGCCAGUCACUCAUCCCUGAAAAGCGGGAAAAGAAAGCUGCGUUUGUCAUACCAAGCGUUCCGCGUCCUCUCCUCUGACCCAACAACGUCUGCCUUUGGACUUGACUCCCGGUUGUUGUGAUGAUUCUUCCCGUAGACAACAUGCCUACCAGACGGUUUACACCGCCCUCCACGUCCUUCCCCUGCAGCAAGAUUGGAGAGGGCAACGGGACAAUGUCCAACCCGGGCCCGCUCCGGUCGCGACCGGACACCCGGAAUGUAGCGGACGUGUUGGCGGACCAUGCCGGGGAGCUGGUCCGCACGGACAGCCCCAACUUCCUGUGCUCCGUGCUGCCCUCACACUGGAGGUGCAACAAGACGCUGCCGGUGGCCUUCAAGGUGGUCGCGCUGGGUGACGUCCCCGACGGCACGCUGGUCACGGUGAUGGCCGGGAACGACGAGAACUACUCGGCCGAGCUGCGCAACGCCUCCGCGGUCAUGAAGAACCAGGUGGCACGCUUCAACGACCUGCGCUUCGUGGGCAGGAGCGGGCGAGGAAAGAGUUUCACCCUGACCAUAACCGUUUUCACGGGCCCUCCCCAAGUGGCCACUUACCACCGCGCCAUCAAAGUCACCGUGGACGGGCCAAGGGAGCCACGCAUCUGUUUCCUAGGGCACCGGGUGAAAAUGGAGGACCCCCAGAAGAUGCAGUUCUCUGAGAGGCUUUCGGAGAUCGAGCGCUACCAGCGGUCCAUGAGGAUGGCUCCCAAUAACCCCCGCCCCGUCCACCAGAGCCACCUGGGCACCCCACAAGCAGCCCUCUGGCCAGAGCCGAUUGAGCCCACUCUGAAGACAUGCAAGGUGGAGGAGGACCUCCGACCAUGGCCAGGUACCACAGACCUCUUCAACCAGAGGACCACCUUCCCCUCCCUGUCCCCGCUGGCCGACCCCCGCUUCUCGGACCCCCGCAUGCACUACCCGGGGGCCUUCACCUACUCCUCCAACUCCUCCGGCUCCAGCAUCGGGGGUCUCAGCAUGUCGGCCUCGUCCCGGUACCACACCUACCUGCCCCCGCCCUACUCCAGCAACCAAACCCAGAACUUCCAGUCCAACUCCUACCUGUACUACGGCCCGGGAUCCGGCUCCUACCAGUUCUCCAUGGUGGCCCCCGGGAACGGCGGGGGCGAGCGCUCCCCCACCCGCCUGCUCUCCUGCUCCGGGGCCACGGGGGCCAACAGCCUGAUGAACGCGGGCCUCAACAACCAGAGCGACGGCGUGGAGGCCGACGGCAGCCACAGCAACUCGCCCACGGCCAUGAGCGCCUCCGGCCGCAUGGAUGAGUCGGUGUGGAGGCCCUACUGAGAGCCCCACCUGGCCCCAUCGAUGAAGCCGUCCCCCGCAAACAAGGGUCUGGGGGGGGCUAGAGGAGGGAAGGAGCCGGAGGUGUAAAGAUGAAGCGAUGAACGACAGAAGAAGAGAAAAGCCCCACGUUGAGAGAAAAAAAAAAUGCUGCAUGUUUGUCCUUUGUUUCUCCGUCCCUCGCUUGAAGCCUUUUCUGCAUUUUACCAACUGCCAGACUUGUAUUUUGUACAUUUUUAUGUCAACCCGCGCACUUGCGCACGAGGAACCUUACUUGUUUUCAGACUCUUAACCAAAAGCCAGCUGAGAUGAUGUUUAGGUAGAAGUGUAAAUAGUUAAAGGGGGUCAAACCAGAGAAGCCAUCGUAGUCAUACUUCAGGACUGACUGCCUGGAACAAACAGCUGUGCACCCUUACCAAAGAUCGUUGAAGACAGAUGAACUCAUUGGGAAGGACAGAGCUGUACUCUGCAUAUCGCAGGAUGAUCAGAAUGGACUACCAAACCAAAACCAAAAAAAGUACAACAGCCGCACAUUGCAUUAACAAUUUCAAAUGGACAUCCUUAAACGAUGGCAAAUGAAAUGGCACUUGGAACGGCGCCACAAGAUCGCCCAUUUACUCCAGGUGGCUGUUUGGACAUUUUUAUCAUUGAGGUUUCAGUAGGUACACAAACUACUACGCCGUCCGUCGUGAAGAAACCUCAACAGAAUCAACACAUUUGCAUUCAGGGCCCUCAUGUUCUCAUAGCACCCGGGUGCAUUACGGUAAAACCUAAUUUAUUUUACAAACAACACCGCCUAGCCAUCGGUGCUACGGAAUGAACCAUUAGUUUGUCAGUUUUGUCAUUUGUGGUUUUUCCUUUUUCGUCGUUUUCAAAAUGAUCGUAUCUGCGUAAGAACAACAUUGUGUCAGGACCACUGACCCCGGGACUCCAGUGCAGAGGAUGGUUUUCUGCUCUGCAAUGCCAUGCGUGGCACACAAGACGUUUUAGAGAAUGUACAAAACCAAAAAAGCAAAGUUUUUUCUUAAUUUUUUUGUUCUUGUUUUCUUUUUACCACAGGAGCGUUUUGUUUUUGUACUUCAUUUUUUGGUUGAUUUCUAAACUCAAGAUUUUCCAUUUGAAGCCUACCUGUCAUAGUCUAGUUUUUUUUGAGCUGAAUGACCUGGUUUACUUUUUAUAUAUUUAUUUGAGCCAAAUUUAGAGGAAGUGUACUCAUACUGUAUACCCCAGACUUUAGCUUUUCCUCAACCAUUGAUUUUUAUAUACAUUCUUUGUUUAUUUGUUGUUAAUUAUAAUAAUUGGAAUUUCUGUAAUAUAUUGCUCCUAAAUUAUAAGAAAAUGUUCAAUGUUAUUAUUUAGUUUUCCAAUGUAGCUUUAAUGCACUAAAACCUUUAUUCCUUCUAAAACGUGCCUACCAUUACUCUGCCAUUGUUUCAAGCUAUUUCCCAUGUCUUUUUUUUGCGCUUCACAAUCCAUUGUCUUUAUUUUUGCACUAUGUUUAGACAUUUCUUCUUUUGUUGGAACCCAUAAUUGUAAACAGCCCUCCCUUAGCCAUAGCUUUUCAUAAAGGGCGUCAUGGGAACGUAAAUGAAUUAUUGCUGCACAUAUCUCCUCAACUCAAUCAAAGUGCCCUUUUACACCAACAAAUAUUGCCUAACGUGACAUCAUCACAAAUACACACAUACACACACAGACACACACACACAGACACACACACACACACACACACACACACACACACACACACACACACACACACACACACACACACACACACACAAACACACACACACACAUAUUGGUGCAGUGCAGGUGCGAGUGUGCACAUUCCUGCCGUCCUGAGGGUCUUCCCCAUGUGAUGUACUAUGUGAUCCCUCCAUGAUCCCUGCAGAAGGAUGAUGGGAAGAAGUGCUAGCAGGAGCAGUGAGGGUCAGGGCAGGAUCCUCUUUCCAACACCAAGGGCAGCCAUGCUUAGGAGUAAAGCCAGGAGAAAAGAAGACGGGCCCUUGUUGUGCGGAGGCCCUUUGUUGUAAGCAGCCAGCCCUUUGAAGCCUUAAUGACUCCCGAUUUCUGUCUUCUAGUAAUUUAGAGAUGGCUGGUGCCAGGGGCGGGUGUCUCAGCCAAGGAUUGAUAUGUGUGCUGAGACCAUCUUUGUGUCAGCCAUGCUGAGCCACUUAUGGCCCAUAUCAGGUGUCUCUGAUUACGAGAGAGAGAGAGAGAGAGAGAGAGAGAGAGAGAGCGCCGGUGAAUCACCUCAGACGAACGAGGAGCCAAAGAAGCUAGCACCUAGAAGAUGACACAGCAAUGAUGCAAAGUCCGUGGCAGAAACCCACAUAUACACACUCUGCCUUGUUUACUUCGAUUUGACAAUCAAUGAGCAAUUUCCUACAUACACCCCUCCUCAUCCUCACCCCGCCUCCCCCUUUCUCCCCCAAGUCAUUCCUGUUGUCCCCUUUAAAACCUAUGCAUGAGUCCCCUCUCUUUUCUUCUGACCGUGCGCUAUUAUAGGCAACACCCAUGCAGCUAGAGGAACCACACGUAUAACCUCGGUAUGCGAGGUUCCUUCAAGAAAAAAACCAAAGAACUUCACCGUUGCCUGUAGUACGUUUGAUGGCAGGAAAGAUUUGUGGUCAAUUUGUUUUGAUUAUUUCCUUCUUUAUUGCUCUCAAGCACCACUUUUCAUGGUAGAAGUUGUAUCUGAGUAGAAAUCUUGGAGACCAGAAAACUUUAUUUGUACAAUUGAAUUGUAUUUUAUUGGGUAUUGGAUAAAAGAGCACAAUGCUGUUUUUUGUUUCUUUCUUUUUUUUUAAGAGCCUAAUUUUCAUUUGGGUAUAUCAUAUUCAUAAUUCAUUUUUGCUUAUUUCAUUUUUUUUUUGUGCUGAAAGCAUGUAUGUCUGAAACUGUUAUGUUAAUUUAAGAAUGUGUAUGUAAUAGCCUUAAAAAAAACCUUCAUAUUAAGUGCUCGUAAAGUGUGCCGAUAAUGUAGUUUUUAAUAAUUUUAAUUAAAAAAAUACCUGUCUAAAAAUGUCCUUGCCAUGUAAUCAAUAAUUAUCUUUAUACUGGUUGAAAUACAAAAUAUAUUCAAAUAAAAAUAAAAACACUGAUACAUCUG